AUGAAGUUUGCACAAUAUCUUAAUGAUACACAAACUCCCGAGUGGAAAAAGGCAUACAUUGAUUAUCGUUGCCUAAAGAGGUGUAUUGGUGCAAUCCGUGCAGAACAUAUUGCUAGGCAGAACUCCACUGGAACCACCGAUGUCGAUCUAGUUCAUAUACAAGCCAAGGGACAUGAACAGUACAACGAGACGUCCAUCCUUCCACGGGCUGAUGCUCCAAUUGAAAGGGCCUCAACAAGUCGAAUCCACCAGAUACGUCCAUCGCUCAGAAUUACAAUGCAUAGUUUUACGUCUCCGCCUGUUAUCGCAAACUCCUCAUCGCAAGCGACCCCCUUACCUCCGAAGAGUGCGCACUCGCCACCCGUAUUUCCUUUUUUCCGUGAUGCAGGUUCUCUAGCUCCUCCUGCCUUACACACGCUUCUCCCUUUACUACCACCGCUUCAUGCAACUUUUUUUCAGCUAUUAGAUUCUGAAUUGGAGAAAGUCGACUCAUUUUAUUCUGAACGAGAAAAGGAAAUGCGAGAACGCGGCAAGAAGCUCAAAGAGCAGCUUAAUGAACUUGGGUUCCAUCGUAAGAAGUACUAUGAAUCUGCAAAUGACACAGCGCCGGGCUGGGCUGCACGAGCUUGCUUGCUCCUGUCAACGACUUUCCUUUCCAAAACUCAACGUCAUACAGACAAGAACGAUAAUCAACCAGGGUUAGUAGCUUCUGAGUCGGUUAGGGGAGGUCACUCGGCCACCCCUGGAGACGGCAUUGACGAAUACAAGACCAUAUCGCUAUUUCCUCCGUCUACCGCAAGUGAUUCAACCAAAGUUGGAUCACUCAAGAGCAAUCGUCCAAGCCCGCCUACAAAAGCGAAUGGCAAUGUCCCACUAAGAAAGAGCAGUAUGUCCUUCACAAGCCUACAGGAUUACCAAAGUGCGAAGAAACGUAUCAAGAAAGCUGUCGUGGAGUACUACCGUGGCCUCGAGGCACUGAAUAAUUACCGUAUCCUGAAUCUCACCGGUUUCCGCAAAGCUGUCAAGAAGUAUGAGAAGAUUACACAGGUGCCUGCUCAAGCAGCUUAUAUGAAGGAAAGGGUUGAGCCCUCGGCUUUUGCUUCUGGUGCGAUGGUCAGCUCAAUGCUUAAAGAGAUGGAAGAGCUGUUUGCCGCAAGAUUCGAACGUGGUGACAAGAAGAAAGCAGUCACUCAUCUUCGUGCUGGCACGACCCAGAAAUCCCAUCACUUCAGCAUGUUUCGCACGGGUUUAUUGCUUGGGACAUCUAUACCAGCGACGGUUGUCGGUUUUAUAGCAUAUAUGCGUGAAAGUACCUCAUUGCCGUGGGAUAUCAUACUUUUUAUCUACUCUAUUUUGUUGAUUCCUACUUUACUCGCUUUGCUCGUCGGGUUGAACCUCGUCGUAUGGGCCAGAGAAAGGAUCAACUAUGUGUUCAUUUUUGCACACUGCUUUAUGCUUUCUUUCGUUCAUGUCGGUCCUCCACUCGUCUGGCCGCUGAACAUCCUCUGGGGUCCUUCGCGAUGGUGGUUUGUGAAGAGAAUUGCAAGAUUGGGCGCUAGUGGUUUUUGGACCAUUGAAUUCACAGAUUUCUGGCUCGGCUUGUGGUCAUCGCACCAAAACGCUUCUAUGGCAGUUUCAACGCGCUUCUUUUCCUCUCAGACGUUGAGUUUGGUGUCAAGGAACCCGGACGGCCCUGCUAUUCAAGACGCGUGGACAACUUGCGCAACGCCAUCACAUUGGGGUCCUUCCUUCGUACUUGCUAUGCUACCGUUCCUAGCCGGCAAAUACGGGAUGGGUAUGACGUACUACUUCUGUUAUUACCUUUGGAGAAGUGACGGAGAGGGUGGCCGUGGUGCUUCUUUCGUUAUGUGGUGUUUGUCGGCAGUUAUCUAUUCACUAUAUGGGUGUGCAUGGGGUGGAUACACUCUCAACACCACCCAGGACUUCGCGAUGGAUUGGUCCAUCUGCAAACCGCGCGCCAAAUACUUCCUCCUCAGGCGGGAGUUGGUGUACACAUCCCAGAUUCCGAUGUACUAUGUUGCUGUGGUCACGAACAUUUUGAUUCGUUUUCUCUGGGUCUUCUAUAUACCCAGUUGGCCACGGUUUACUCUCCGGUCAUUCAUAUUCAGCCUAAUGGAGAUGAUAAGAAGGGUUGUGUGGAAUUUCUACCGUCUUGAGAAUGAACAUCUUGGUAAUAUGGAUCAAUAUCGAAUUACGCGCGAGUGUCCAUUGCCAUAUUCGUCCGACAAUCUCCAACAUGAGGACGAGGAGGACGAUGAAGAGAAAGCUUAG